AGCAGUAGUGUUGGGCAACGUUUUUGCCGCCAACUUGUUUUCAAAGCAGCCCUUGUUUCAUUUGUUUUUAUGGAAAUUGUGAUAUUGUGAGUGAGUUGCAACGAUAAUGGGCCUGCUUUCGGAUCCGUCGAUUUCGACGCAAAACAAAAUAGUAGAUAGUCUGGCAAAGCAUGUGCGCAAGGUGUGCUGCGGCUUUUAUGUCCUCGGCGUGGCUUGGCUCGCCUGCCUGGCCCUGCCCGAGUUCAACCACGGCACAUAUCUGUCCGAGAACGCCCUGUCGCCAGGUCUGGUCUACCCCGAGAUUCGCAUCGAUGCGAAUCGGCUGGCCAUCCAGCUGCUGGAGGAGCUGCAGCGCGAGCGCAAGGAACACAUAUCGACGACGCCGCACGCCUGGAUUGCGGCCAAAUUGAACGAGUUCGGCCUGGAAACGCACACACACAACUACACGCUCCGCUAUCCGUUUGGUGGGGGCAAGGAGUAUCACGGCAAAAACAUAUACGGCAUUCUGCGGGCACCCCGCAUCGCUUCCACCGAGGGCAUUGUUUUCACAGCACCCUACCGGGCCCCCUCCUCCGUGCACCCAGACAUCUCGCCCAGUGUGCCGCUGCUGCUGGCAUUUGCCGAUUUCGCCAGACGCAAGAACUACUGGGCUAAGGAUCUGAUAUUUCUGAUCACCGAACAGGAGCAGCUGGGAAUGCAGGCCUGGCUGGAGGCCUACCACGAUGGCGAUCGCGUGCUGAAUGUGAGCAAGGCCUACCUGCUGCCGGGCAAUUUGCCAGCACGUGCAGGCUCAUUGCAGGCGGCUCUCAACAUCGAAGUGCAAGAUCUGGAAAUUGACUAUGUGGAUGUCAAGAUCGAAGGCCUCAACGGCAAGCUGCCCAACCUGGACAUGUUCAAUUUGGUGCAGCGCAUUAUGGCACGGGAGGGCAUCAUUUCUGGCUAUAAGCAGACCAUUCGAAAGAAGCGUCGCUCCAAUCCGUCUGUCUUCGAGAAGAAUCUGCGCCAGAUGCUGGCCAUGCUGGCGACGCAGUCGUCAGGCGUGCCCAAUGGCAAUCACGGACUGUUCCAUCGCUAUCGCAUCGAUGCACUGACCAUUGCAGCUGCCAAGCGACAAACGCAUGCCACUCUAAAGGGUAACGCCGGCUCGGCGGCUGUGCCGCUGCUGAAGGCCAUCGAGGGUAUUGCGCGCAGCCUCAACAAUCUGCUGGAGCGCUUCCAUCAGAGCUUCUUCUUCUAUGUGAUUGUGAACAAUGAUCGGUACAUCUCCAUUGGUGACUAUAUGCCUGCCCUGGUGGCCCUCGUCGCCUGCGCUUUCUUCAAGGCCUAUCUAGCCUGGUCAACGCUGGACUCUGAGGUGCAACAGCCAGAGACAGGGACAGGGACAGCGACAGGGACAGAGACAGCGACAGGGACAGAGACAGCGACACCGGCUGAGACACAGAGUGGGGCUGAGCCUGACACAGACACCGACAACGACACCGAUACCGAUCUCGAUGAGGGACUGCCCUAUGGCUCCGUGCUGGUCUAUCUGACGGCUGUGCUGGUCAUCGGGUAUCUGGGAAAUGUGUUGCCACUGCAGCAGUACUUCCUGGAGAUACCGAUGGGCGCUGCGCCACUGACCACCUCCGUGCUGAGCUUCCUGACCCUCAUCGGUUUCAUUCUGCCCUUUGUCGUUGUCCUGCCGGCGGGCGGCCUGGAACUGCUGCACGUGGGUUUCCUGCUCAUCUUUGGCUGCUCUCUGAUCAUCGUCGGCCUGCUCAACUUUGCCCUCGGCUUCUUUGUGGCCGUGCUCACAGUACCGGUGGUAAUAGCAUUGGAUACCAGCGAGAAGAACUGGAACGGUUCAAUGCGUAAUCUGACGCGUCUCAUCACUCUGCUGGUCAACCCCAUGGUGGUUGUCUAUCUCAUCGUUCUGUGCAUGAGCUUCUAUCAGUAUCCCGAGCUGAAGCUUGACAAGCUGCUAUUGCGCGCAGCCACCGCCGCCAUGGAUGCCUCCGCGUAUGGUCUCAUUGACUGUGUGAUCUAUGGCAACUGGCUGUACUUUGUCGUUAGCACGGUUUUCCUGCCCCUGUGGAUUCUCUGUUGGACACUGGCCCUUUCCAAGCGUCGUGACAUUGCCGACUAUUCCGACUAUGAGGAGUCGCAACAGCACAAGCCCCAGCCACAGCCUCAGGCCAAGUUUAAAACAAAUUAAACUAUAAAAUUGUAUUCCAUUAUUUGGCGGCUGAGAUUCCAUUUAUUAAUUUAGUUUGUUUGCAUUAACUUAAUGUCCAAAGAAAUUACAUAUAAAUAUUUAAGCUGGAAAGCAGCUGUCA